AUGACCGGAAUAACAAAUAUGACAUUCCGUUUUUCUCAUUUCCAGCCAGAAAUAGAGCCCAAAGAUGUAAUAUUUAGAGUUUUCGGUAAAACAUGUGAAGGAACUUUUAUUGAUAGAAAUGAUGAAACCUAAGUUUAUAUAGAAGUUUCCAAGCAAGGUCUUGGACCAGAACUUUACGGUUAUGACGAAUAAGUGAGAGCAGAGAAAUUUUUAUAUUCCACAGUACUAAAUUCAAAAGUUAAAUAAAUGGUUGAAGUUGAAAUUCCUUUAACUAAUUGUUUAGCGCAUUUUUAUUGGGGUAUUUGGUCUUUGUAUAUGAGUAAAGAUCCUAAUAUUGAUUUCGAUUAUAUUGAUUUUGCAAAUGAAAGAUUUCAAAAAUAUAUUGAAUCUAGAAAAAAUAUAUGA